AUAUAUAUAUAUAUAUAUAUAUAUAUAUAUGCUCCGUCUCCAGACAAAUAUCAGACGGCGAUUGUUACUUCUUAUUCCCUGUGCGGGAGGGCGGAGACAAACGUCAUCAGUUCCUGCUGCACGCAUGAAACAUCCGCCUCGACGGUGCGUGGCGGCGCCGCUGCGGAUUCUGCUGCUGCAAGCGCGGCACUUAGUGCGGGGUGCACCACGGCGUGCGGGCAGCGUGCGAUGAUCUCCCCGUACAACGCUCGGCAUGCAGACACGGGGUCCGCUGCUGCUGCUGUGGCUGCCACGCCCUCCGCGAUGUCGCCGCCACGCAGCGCAGAGAGCACCGGCCCGGGGAACUUCGCCCAG